AUGCCAUCCAGCGACAAAUUCAAUAAUGGACCUGCCAAGAAAGAGUUUGACCAUGAAUUAUUUGACAUAUACUGGGAUGUCCAGAACGAUCAGCCGAAUGAAAAGUCGGUAAUUAUAUAUACGACAUGUGCUGGGACGCCAGCAUUUACCCUGGCCAAAGUCAAUACAACCUGUAUUGGGAUGACUGACCAAGUUACAGCAGUGGAGUCGGCUGCGAUACCAGAGCCUACAACUGUCGAAACCAUCGAUGUCAUGGUACCCUCUACAAAAAGUGAUUUUGACAUGUGUUGGGGAGAUUUGCCAUCAGGUGGACAUGGUGGUAUGGAUGGUCUUACAACUGUGCGAACUCUUGACUCAGGCAAUCAAGCCACCAUCAAGCUUGAACAUAUCAAUGUUUUGAUGGGGGAUGACCUAGGAGAGGCAUCUGUUGAAAUUUUACAUGCCAACAGUGGAUUGAUUGGCAAAUAUAAACAUGCGUGUGACCGAUUUAUCACAGCCAGCAAAGAUGUUGCCAAGAUUGAACAUCUAAUGCAAAUGUUCAGGCAGAUUGAUGAUCCACUUGUGGUAUUGGAGCUAGCAUCAGUAUAUUUCUUUGGCUUUUGCCGAAUUCUGGUGCCCAGUGCAUUGGCAUCAUUGCUUCUGGUGCCCUUUGCUGGUACAUCAGUAACACAGCCAGCCACAGGUCUCCUUGCCUUUGUCUUUAUCAGUGACCAGUCUUGA